UUGGGUGAAAAUAUAUAUAAUGUUAGCUUUAUUCAGGUAGCGUACAACGCGAAGAACGAACCAAAAUGAACUGUUCAAAAACAAACUUUUUGAGGAUCUAAAAAGAAGAAUCACACAGAACAGUGGUGCUGAUUUUUUGUUUGAUUAUUGACAAAGAAGGUAAACACGUUGCUUUUGAAAGUUAUUUUUCCGCCUGUGAUCUAAUUUUUCAUUGUUUCGUCAAACAUUUUGGAAAAUGUCUGCCUACACAGAGGAAUAUCUCAAGCAGAAGCUAACCGAGAAGCUGGAAGCUACUCAUGUGGAGGUCAUAGACGAAUCCGAUGGUUGUGGUGGUAAGUUUAGUGCAAUCAUCGUGUCUCCACAAUUCCAAGGAAAGGCCCUCCUACAACGGCAUAGACUGGUCAAUGCUGCGCUGGGCGAGGAAUUAAAAACCAUUCACGCUUUUUCGCAGAAAACGUAUACGCCAGAGCAGUGGGCCGCCGAAGGUCACUAGUCGCCCAAGUUGUCACUUACGUUUUUCAACCUAGUGUAACCU